CGCCGGGCCGGGCCGCUAGUGCGCAUGGGCGGGCGUCCUCGGCUCUAACUGCCGCCAGUUUCCACACGCUGGGAGGGGCCGUUACCUCAGAGAUACCCGUGGCCGGCAUGUCGGUUGAAAAAGCUUCCCGGAAGGGAGACGAAGAGAAAGGAGAGGAGCAGCUCGUGAUCAUCCCCGGUAGCGAGUACGCGGCGAAGCAGGCGGCAGCGGAGGGAGCGCCGAUGAAGAUGGAUGUGACAGUGAGGGCCGCGGGCUGCUCUGACGACCUCAGCUCUGGGGAGGCCGACAUAGACCCAAAGCUCCUGGAGCUCACCGCUGACGAGGAGAAGUGCCGCAGCAUCCGCAGGCGAUACCGGCAGCUCAUGUACUGCGUGCGGCAGAACCGGGAGGACAUCGUGAACUCGGCGAACAACUCCUUAACCGAGGCUCUGGAGGAAGCCAACGUCGUGUUUGAUGGCGUGAGCCGAACCAGAGAAGCAGCCCUCGACGCCCAGUUUCUUGUUAUGGCUUCUGAUUUGGGUAAAGAAAAGGCAAAGCAGUUAAACUCAGAUAUGAACUUCUUUAAUCAGUUAGCAUUUUGUGACUUUCUGUUUCUGUUCGUGGGUCUGAAUUGGAUGGAAGGCGAUCCUGACAAGUUGAGUGAUUGUGAUGAUAGCAUAGCUCUUUCCUUCUGGAAGGCAAUAGAAAAGGAAGCAACAUCCUGGAUGGUAAAAGCUGAGACAUUCCAUUUUGUUUUUUGUUCAUUCAAGCUAGAACCUUCUGCACCAAAGCCCCGACUUGAACACCGGAGAAAAGUUCGCAAGAUAGAAGAAAAUGGGAACAUGCCUACAAAGUUGCGGCAGUUGGACCUGAGUAGUUAUCCAGAAGCGACAGAAAAAAACGUAGAAAGGAUUUUGGGAUUGUUGCAAACCUACUUUCGAAAGUAUCCUGAUACUCCUGUGUCCUAUUUUGAGUUUGUGAUUGAUCCAAACUCUUUUUCUCGUACUGUGGAGAAUAUAUUUUAUGUUUCUUUUAUUGUAAGAGAUGGUUUUGCAAGAAUAAGGCUUGAUGAAGACAGGCUGCCAAUAUUAGAGCCGAUGAAUGUUAACCAAAUCGAUGAGGGAAAUGAUUCCAGUUGCCAUGGCAGGAAACAGGGAGUUAUAUCUUUGACUUUACAGGAGUGGAAAAACAUUGUGGCAGCUUUUGAAAUUUCUGAGGCUGUGAUUACAUACUCCUCAUAGUAAAGAUUUCUUAGUAUAGGAUCCUUUUUGUGUUUUUUUCUGAAGUUAUCUCAGAUGUAGAGCAAAAUGUAAACUGAAGCACAUGUUGAAUCUCUUGUAAAGUGAAAAAGUAUUUUCAAGAACAUCCGACAUUGUUUUACUGUGCAGCGUAUUUUUCUUAGUAAUUUAUAAGGUCAUGAUCUUCUGUUAUUAAAACAUUCACUGGCAUAUUUAUGGGAGCGUUUUAUUGAAUGCCCUUUAAAACUAUUAAUAAAAGUUUUGGAUACCAAA